UUCUCUCUCCUUUUUUUAUUUUUAUUUUUUUUUAAGUUUCCCCCGAUGAAUCCCUCGUCAUCUUCGACCCCCCGAAGAAGCGAUGGAGCUACGAGAGAUUCUUCGAAUCCCCGCAAAAAUUCCAACAAACCCAAGUAUUCUCGGUUUACGCAGCAGGAGCUCCCGGCUUGCAAACCAAUUCUGACACCAGCAUGGGUUAUCACGGCGUACAUGCUUGUUGCAGUCGUUUUUAUUCCUAUCGGACUUGCGUCCCUAUCGGCAUCAGAAAGUGUGGUUGAGAUCGUCGACAGGUAUGAUGUCGAAUGCAUUCCGGAACACUUGCGCGUAGACAAAGUCGCAUAUAUAAGAAGCAGCGAAACUAAGAAGACUUGUACCAGAAGUUUAAGCGUGCCAAAGCAUAUGAAAGCUCCUGUUUAUGUUUAUUAUCAGCUUGAUAACUUCUAUCAGAACCACCGAAGGUAUGUGAAAAGCCGAAGUGAUAAGCAGUUGAGAUACAAGUCAAAAGAGCAUGACACUAGUUCCUGCGAUCCCGAAAGCACGACCUCAAAUGGGUCUCCAAUAACCCCUUGCGGCCUAAUAGCUUGGAGCCUGUUUAACGAUACGUAUAAAUUCUCAUUAGCAGCUAAAGCUUUGGAUGUGAACAAGAAGAAUAUAGCCUGGAAGAGUGACAAAGACCAUAAGUUUGGACGCGAUGUUUAUCCUAAAAAUUUCCAAAGUGGAGGCCUGAUUGGCGGGGGCAAGCUUGAUGCCAGUAUACCUUUAAGCGAACAAGAAGAUCUAAUUGUUUGGAUGCGCACAGCUGCGUUGCCAACUUUCCGAAAGCUCUAUGGGAAGAUCGAGGCUGAUCUUGAACCGGACGACAAAUUAACGGUUGUGAUAGAGAACAAUUAUAAUACAUACAGUUUUGGAGGGAAAAAGAAAUUGGUUCUCUCGACGACUUCUUGGAUUGGCGGGAAGAAUGAUUUUGUUGGCAUAGCAUAUCUCACAAUCGGAGGCCUAUGCUUGUUCCUGGCAAUAGGCUUUGCGGUUUUGCAUCUGCUCUGCCCAAGGAACCUUGGAGAUCCGAGUUACUUGUCAUGGAACAGAGAUGCUGCAGCGCGUCCCACAAAACUGUAGCUAACUACUCUAUGAUCUCCAUUGCAGCAAGAAGCCAGAGACUAUGCAGAUUGACAUGAAAGCUGCGGAUGGUGCGAAUUCAGACCUUACUGAGCUUGUAUUUCAUGUCACAGCUUUUCUAUCUAGAAAAAAAAAAGAAAAGAAAAAAAAGAAAAACCAAUUAUAACUGAGCCUGAGGGAAUGAAACUAAGCAUUUCUGCAUAGUAUGAAGGCAUGUUGUUCUUAAUCACUUCACUGAGUUUCUGCUGUUAUUUUUCUGUCUUCUGGAAAUGGCUUAUUGUGUUGAUAAGUUUCAGAA